GUAAGUCGUUUGGAUAAAAGCGUCAGCUAAAUGACAUGAAAUGUAAUGUACAUGUUAUGUAAUGUAAUGUAAUGGUCAUUGAUAGGAGACGAAGGUGACUCCUGAUUGGUCGGUUUUUCUUGUCCUCCAGAUGACUCCUCCUCCACUUCCUGUCCCGAAGCCUCGAGCUCGUUACAUGGAGACAGUUCUAAGCUCCGCCUCCUCUUUGGACAGAGAUGUGAUUGGUGAAACUCUUCAACCAGUUUUGCCUAAUGGGGUUGAACUGAGCACAGGCGAAGGGGCUCCUCCUCUUCCUCCUGUCUUCCCGACUUUGGCUGGCGUUACUAACGUCAUCGCCACCAGCAUCCCGUCAUUGGCUGGAUUUGCUAGGUCCAUUGGAGGCCAUGCCCCCACCCCGUCUGCUCCCUCGGCCCCCCCCUCCGCAGACGGCAUGGCUAACAGCAUCGCCGCCCACAUACCUAGCUUAGCAGGGACUGCUAGCACUGUGGCUAACCUAAACCCCCCCAGCGCGCCUGAACCUGCACUUAGCACUGUUAGCUUAGAUAGUGUGAUUAGCUCAUUGGCUAACAUACCCAGUUUAGUGGGAAUUGUUAGCAUCGUUGCUAAUCCUGGCCUGCCACCCUUGACUGAUAAAACACCCCCCCCCUCAUUGCCGAGGGGCGGAGCCAUUCACACAGAUGUUGGAGCGUUGUCUCAGCUGGUGAUGUCAUCAUUAGACCAGAAGGCAGGAGUCACCUUGCCUCCACUAGAGGGAGCUGCUGAGCCACCGGAGGAGGGUUGUAAACGGGCUCCUCACACCAUCAGAGAAGAAAGCCCGCAUGUAACUGUGUUGGCUUGUUGGGCGAGCCAGGACGAAGCUGACACAGACUCAUCCAAUGAGGAGGAAGAUACAGGAGUUAACCACACACUCCCGGGAGCCGAUGCACCAAUGGAAGGAGAUACAGCUUCCAAUACAAACAUCCCGUCCAAUCCUUCGGGUCGUCUGGUCCCCACGAGGCCUGCCCAGCCCCCUCCUCAUCCUCCUGGCCAAUCAGGAAAGCCUCUGAAACAGAAGACUCCCAGAGGGGCCACAAUCCGAGUGUCUAGGAAGAAGGGGGGCAGUGGGAACCCCGGUCCCCAGAACGCUGUGGUCCGAGCCAGCUGGCUGGAUGUCUGGAAGGGCUUCAGACACAAUGUUUUAUGGGCGACGUUGGACGGACAGCUGAUGUCUCUGUGGAAGAAACGCACAGACCGGUUCAGCGAGGUGCUCUUUCACGUGUCCAGCAUCACCAACGUGAAGAAACAGGAUAAAGGCCGAUUCUCUGUUUACUUCCGGAAGAAGCAUUAUGACUUCAUGGCUCACAAUGAGGAGGUUCAAAGAGGUUGGGUCAUGUCUCUGCUCACCGCUCGAGGCCAGCCAAGCCCCUCCCCCCCGGAGCUCCACGGACCAAUCACCAUCAGGGACCCGCGUAGCCGGGCCUAUGCCACCGUCUGGGGUCAUGACCUCUGGGUUUACCCCAACAAGGAGAGCUUCCAGCUGGGCAUCGCCUCUUUCUCGGUCCCCCUGAACGUGGCCACAGUGAAGUCUAUGGGAAAGCACUCAUUUACCCUCAUCACUCCAUACAGGAGCUUCAACCUGUCUGUUGACUCGUCGAAGGAGCUGUCCGUCUGGCUGGAUGGCCUGUCCUCCUUCAUUUGCAGCGCUCUGUCCAGCAGCCAGGUGGCGCUGCGUCUUUGGCAGAACCCCGACAACAAAGUGUGCGGCGACUGCGGCUCGGCCAAUCCUGAGUGGGCGUCGGUCAACCUGCUGCUGGUCGUCUGUCACACUUGUGCAGGUCAGCAUCGAGCUCUGGGCAGCAACCUGUCCAAGGUACGCAGUCUGAAGAUGGACAACAAGGUGUGGACUGAACCACUCAUACAGCUGUUCCUUACCCACGGUAACCGGCUGGCCAAUCAGGUGUCUCCUGCGGUCCCAGCAGCGGAGCAGCUGACUCCAGGGUCGUCUGACGAAGAGAGGUCAAAGUUCAUCCAGGACAAAUACAGAAGGGGCUGCUACAGACGAGUCCACGCCCUGACAUCUUCCCCCUCUCUGAUGGAGCAGAGGCUGUGUCAGGUGGUUUGUGGAGACGACGUAGAAGAAACGAUGUCACUGAUCUGUUCAGGAGCAAAGGUGUGUCAGUCAGACCCUCAGAGCCCCUCCCCCAUCCUGCUGGCUGAAAGGGCAGGACAGGCUCUGCAGACGGAGCUGCUCCGCCUCAAUGAGUACACGGACGUUCCACCUUACCUGCCCAAGAGAGUUGACUCCGCCCCCUCAGUUGAGGAAGAGGAGGAGCUUCAUGGUAAACUGGAGGAGGACCGUUUUCUCUUCUCAUUGGAGAACGACUCGGCUGCUUGUGACGUUCUGGACUUGAGAGAAGUUCUGUCUGUGUUCCUCAAAGACGGACCGGCUCCUGGGUUUGAAAUGGUGACUCUGAGCGAUCAGCUGAUCUGUGCUGCAGACAGUGAGGAGGGGCUGCUGAGUCACCUGGUUCACAUCCUGAAGGUGAUUCUCCCAGGGGGGGUGUCUUAUGCAGAGGUGGGCGGAGCUUCUGCAGUCAGUAAAGUGCGUGUAGUAGAAGUGGGUGGAGCCUCAAGUUGUUCUGAUGCCUGGUUGUUGCUGUUGGAGGACGAAGUCAGUCUGCAUCCCGUCCACAGACUCACACAACAGCCUCUGAGGAUGGAUCUCCACAUGCUCACUCACCAUGAAAUGGAUCUAUCUGAAAACACCAUCACCAUGGUGACUACAGACAGGAAUGUGUCACUGCGCUUCGAGGAGCAGCACAGCUGUCGGUCCUGGUUCAGCCACCUGCAGAGAGCUCUGACCAAUCAGACCUCAGCUCGUCAGCGUCCUCCCGCAGCCAAUCAGAGUUCAGCUGGUCAGCGUCCUCCAGCAGCCAAUCAGAUCUCAGCUCGUCAGCGUCUGUACAUGGUGGUGGACUUGGCCUUGAGGGGUUCGGUCCCGCCGGCCAUCGAGCGCUGCAUCUCCCACAUCACAACGUUUGGUCUGAAGGUGGAGGGCGUGUACCGCCGCUGUGGUCUCGCAUCCAAAGUCACCCGAUUGGUGGAGGCUCUGAUGACAUCACCUGACUCCACCCCUCUGGAGCAUGACGAGCAGGGUGUUUUAGAUGCUGGUGCCGCCCUCAAACAAUAUGUCCGCCAGCAGGAGAGUUUACUCCCUGACAGAGACAGACAGCAAUGGAUGCACGCUGCAAUGAUUACAGACCAACACUCCAGGUUUUCAGACUACCGACGGUUGCUACGACAACUGCCUGAUGACAACCGAGCAACUCUGAGCGCACUGUUUGGACACUUUUACAUGGUCCAGAUGUUCUCUCAGGUCAACAGGAUGUCGGCUCAGAACCUGGCUCUGGUUCUGGUCCCGACUCUGUUUCAGACUCUAAACCAGGAUCUGCUCAGACUCACCAGAGAGUUCAUAAUCCACCAUACCCUGCUGUUUCUGACGCCUGAGAAGGAGGAGGAGGAGCAGAUCACUGUGUUCUGAAGAAGUCCUUCCAGCUGGUCUGAGAUCCGAUGUCAACAACAUCGUUUACUAAUGAACUCUUUAAAUGCUUUUCAAUGGACCUUCAAUUGUUGAAUCAGUGUUACUCAACUUUUAAUGUUUAAA